UUUACAGACCACCGCCAUAUAGCUGGAAUAUUGCUGAGUGCGGCGUAAAACAUUACUCGGUCACUCGAAAUAAGUCACAGAUACCAAUGUAUGAGUUACCUCCCCUUCUGUGCUACAUGUCGUGACCUCGAUCGUUCAGCUGUCUCCGAUAAAAGACGGUAUGUAAAAUUAAUACAAGUAUAACCCGAUCUUUCGCUACAGGGAAGCUUUAAAACUGCUUAUAUCCACACGCACUUGCUGAUUAUCCUACAUAUGUGACUCUCCAGCGACUGAUCGGAAUGACCUCGACGAAAACAACGUCUGCUCGUCGUCUCGCUCAACUGCUGAGAGCUUUGAGAUCUGGCAAUGGGAAAGGGGAUCUAACCAUAAAUAGCCCGUUUAUCGGGCGACACUUCAGCACAAAAGAAUCGUCAGAUCAGAACAGUUCUGUUGCCGGCCCAAUUGAAAGACGCUACAUGGCCCACCUGAAGAAUCUGUACCGCCUGACAGUUGCCGAGACGGAGAAGGACUCGGUGAUCCACACGCCAGGGUUGUCAUUUGAAUCCAUAGACAGAGAUGGAAACCCUCCAAUGUCGAGUCUUAUGAGAUUUGUUACAACAGCACGAAUAUUUGCCACCCACCUUCCUCUUGAUGAGACUGGAAGGACGAUGUUUGACUACGCACAACUCACCUCGGACAGACUGACAUUUGUGGCUUCGUCAGAGGUCAUAUCCGAAAAGGUAGUGUACGAUACGUCUGUACCCAAGAGCCCAUUAGAUGUUUUAUAUCAACUCGGGUAUGUGGGCAAGUCUUCCCUUAGUACUGUAGCGUCCAUCGUUGUUCCCUCGACCGGAGAGACCAUCCUCAGAAACAUCAAUCAUCUUGUUAUAGUGGAUAAAACAAGCAGACGACCAAAACCUCAUCCGGAUUGGUGGCGGGAGAAACAUGGCGGAUCCGCCAUCUUGAAGAAUCCAUUGAUCGUUCCAAGAGUGCAAAGACCAACUGACGCUGUUCAACACAGUGUCAAAGUAUCUUGGAUUCACACGGACGAAUACAAUCACACCAAUUACACCACUUACGUCGACUACUGCAUCAACGCUUUGCAUUAUGCCAUAGAGAAAGGUUGCAUGGGAGCCGUUACGAAGGAUGUGGUCAAACGUGGCAUCAAGUCCAUGAGGAACACUUACAUCGGGGAGAGUUUAGAGAAUGAUGAGCUGACUGUUUGGGUGUGGGCGUCGGACCAGGAUGACAGAACUGUCCAUUUCGAUGUUCAGAAAUUGGGCCAGUCUAUAUUCCAAAGCACGUUUGUUUAUCAUGAUGAAUAAUAAUGUUUUAGGGUUGGUGAUAAUCACAUUUGAUAUUAGGCAUAAACACAAGCGCGUGGUUUAAACAAAAGGAUAAUAACUGAUUGGAAUCUUGAUGACUGAAACUGGAGAUAUCAAAAGCCUGUCGUAUAAACAAAAGGCAGAAGAAGACUCUAAGCUCAAAGAAGUUUACCGCAAUGUUGAUAUCGAGGCUGGUUUGCAAACAGCAAUCUGAUUGGUCCGUGAGACCCAGUAGCGUAGCAAAUCAAAUGGUUGCUAAGGAUGAAUAAUUUCUUACCGCGACGACCACGGGGUCCAUUGGUUGCUGACGAUUUACCGAAAUGCGAAAGGAUGAUCACAACUGAGAAAGGGAUAAGUAAAUCAACAAAAUUAACAACAAUAUUUCGUCAAUAUAAACAAGUAGACAUUGCGUAGCAUACUAUACAACAGAAUAUAAACUGCAGAUAGCGAGUUCAAGUUUGGCCUCCAACAUUCCAUUUAGAAUACAUCUGCCGAAAUAUCAACACAGUGAAGUCUUCUGAAUGGUCAUUAGGUUAGCUAUUACAAUAUCUACAAUUGUUUAGUUACGACAUCUUAAACUAGUUCAUGAAGAUAUAUCUUUAGUUCCUCGAGGAGCUUGAAUCGUCUUCAAACAAACACCCAUUGUCAGACGUACAGUUGAAACGUCUGUUUUAAAAUAUGAAAUAAUAGUGGGAUAUUUUAACCUCACAAAAUAAAUUCAUUGUCAGUUCGACAGAUGAAGAAAGGUGGUCAAGGAAUCGGACUCACAAACACUAAUGAAUGAACUAUGAGUGUUGCAUUGUCACAUUUUACGAUGACAUAGAUAAACAAAUAUGAGAUAUCAUGGACUCAUAGCUGAGAUCUGAAACUCCAAAUGCUGACAUGGAAUGUUUUAUAUGAAUACUGAUCUAAUUUUAAUGUCGAAUUUUUAGAACAAUGAAUGAAGUAAUAUCUGAUGGUUACGCUUAACAACCUAAGGUCCCCAUGUCUGGUUGUGUUCCUUGGAAUGUUCUGAUGGAAAGUCAAUAAAACAUUUAAGGAUA